AUGCCGGAGGCACCACUUACUACCGCUGGACCCUUACACAGCGAUGAUGAACCCCUGAAUCUAUGUAUUAGAGAUCUUAGAGACUUAAAAAUACAGAUUCAAAAGAAAUUUGGAAAUAUAUACACUUCAACGCCAGAAAUCAAAACUGAAAUUGAGGAAGACUUAGAUAGCAUAAAGAGUGAACAACCUAACGCCAUAUCAGUUAUACAGAGGAACACCAACCUUCCUCACACAGCCAGCAGCUCGCCUGACCUUUCACACCAGACGAGAAUUGUCUCUCCCACCCUAUCUGAACCGGCUCAGUCCACUACCAAUGCAGAUGAUGAAAAGUUUCCUGGAUACGUGUAUUGGCCCAACGCUGGCAUAUAUAUGCAUCCAUUGGCAUUACAAACACAACUUCUUUAUUACCAGAAGCUAGCGGCUGCUGGACAGUUGCCACUAACUCAGGACAGAGAUAAACUAACACAAACAAGUGCUAACAGUCCCACAGAAAAGUCACUUGAUGAAAAUAAAAAUAAACUAGUAUUGAAGCAAAUUUCAGAACUUCUAGAUCCUAAAAUGAUUCCACAAUCGGUGGAUAAAAGCCCAGAGCCAACCAAAAAAAGAGUUUCACCGAAUCCGAAUCAAGGCCCUGUAAAAAGGAAGCGAUCAGCAAUUUUCAUUCCACCAAUGCCUGCUCGGAGCAACUCGUCGACGCCCACUACUGAAGUUAGUAUUUGCAAAUUUAAAUUUACUGGAGGCUCGAAACCAUCACUACAAGAAAAGAAAAUGCUUUCUGUAGAUUCUGGCGGUAACUUUAGGUACUACAGUGGAACUGGUACAAAAGGAACAAAGGGCUAUGACUACAUACAAAAGAACAAUGAAGAGAGGAUACAUUCGAUAGCACCACCACCAUCAAUUUCACCACCACAGAAAAGCUUGGUGCUCAAAGACGAACUCAGCAAGAAGAAGAGAAAGUCGAGAAAGACUUUACAAAGGGAGAAGUUGGAACAGGCAUUCAAGGAAAAGGGGUUUUUAAUACAGACACAACAGUUGCAGUCCGCAGAAGGUGCUACCUAUUGCAAGUUCAGGCAAUUGAGAAAGUUUACGAGAUAUCUGUUUAGAAGCUGGAAGGACUAUCUUCCUGGUGAAUUAGAAGAGAGGACGGCACAAGAGAAGGAAGGACAGGCCACCACGACGGCCAAUGAGGCUGGAGAAUGGGGGUGA